ACUAUCUGAAAGGGUUUUCUUCCUACCAGUCAUCCCACAUGGAUCCCUUUUUCGCGUUGCACUUCCCAUUCGCCGUUCCGCACUAUAAGUAGAGAAGCUCAGCAAGAAGCAAGGGAGGCGGUUGCCAACGCUACUCCGUCUUCCUCAACAGCGUCGCGACACCACGGGACGAGAAGGUCGGAAGAAACGGAGAAACGACUGUCGACGUCACUUACACACUCGCCCACAACCCGCAGGAACUCCGUCCAUUACCUCUUCCUUUUUGACACUUCCCGAGUAUGUUUGGCGGGUUCAGCGCCAAUAGCGGCGCCAAUGACAAGGUACAAUUCGUAGCUGGCAACUACAGCGGCGCGCAGGACUCGGACGAUGACAUGUUCUGUGACGAGCCCAACGUGGUACUCACGCGCUCGUCGCCCACUCCGCAUCUGUUGGCUGUAGCGCCAGUAGCUCGCGUGGCUGAGAUCAAGGAGGAAGCUAUGCCCUACGAUGGCGCAAUGGUGAACGUCGAGUACUCUACUACAGUCAAGACGGUCAUAGUGCCUGCAGUAAAGCCCAACGACGCGACCGGGGGCUUCUCGUCCAUCUCCGACCGUUUCCCUCUCUCCAGAGUGGGGAAAGUCAGCUGUGGUAUGACCAGACAGGUUUUGUGUACUCCUCAGGUGCCCAAAGUACAGAUAACAGCUCCAAUUCCCAUGAGCCGCUUGCUCAAUGCCACACCGGAGUUGACACAGGAGGACCAGAUGACUGUACUCGUGGAGGACGGGACGGUGGAUGAGAACACCAUUAAAGCCGAGCCGGAAGGUGCAACCACCACGACAUUCGUAGCAGGAGCCAACCACAUGCAGCAAAUGCCAGUGAGCGAUGUGUACAAGUACCAGGCCACUGAUGUGGAAGAGAACGAGAUGGAGCAACUUCGAUGGAAUAUUCAAGAGCAGGUUUUCCAGCGGUACUUCGAGCAAGGACAGAAGUUUGAGGAAUGGGGACACCUGGAGGAGAAAGACUCGCGAGUGUUCUUCGUUGCUGGUGAACGAAGAGAGAACAUCAUGGCCGAGAAGCGGUUCCACGACAAUGCUGUCCGAGAUGCCAUGGGCAAAGGAAACGCCACGUGGGUCAAGGAGCGACGAGAUCGGUUCGAGGCUGAAAUCCGCAGAUUCUAUCACGACGAAACCAGACACAAACAGGAGUUGAUGCUCACGCGGCUUGAAAAAGUGUCGCCAUUCUCAAAAUUCCCGAUUCUUGGCAACCGGUUUCUUCUGCUUCGUCUGCGAGGAAAAGGAGGCAACGGAGAAGUAUGGGAUGUCGUGGACUACGCCAACAGCAAACAGCUCUGCGCUCUUAAGCUCUCCACUUCAAUACGACACGCCCAACGCGAACACCACACGCACUCGAAACUCAACCACCCCAAUAUUGUUCAGGUCGGCGAGGCACCCUUCCUUAUCCGAUAUCAGCAACAGCAAUACACUGCGUUCACUGUUGCCAGCGUUGAGUCAGAUCUUCAGCAACUCAUUGAGAUGUACGAGCACUUCGAUGAUGACUCUGCAUACAAAGUGCUUUCUCAGCUUCUGAACGCCCUGAAAUACUUGCACGAAGAUAUGGGCGUUGCUCAUUACGACCUGAAGCCGUCGAACAUUCUCAUCGCCCAGGGCGGAUGUGUGCAGCUUACCGACUUCGACUUGACUCGCGACGCCAAGGCAGCAACGUCCAACUCUACCGUUGGCACUUUGCGAUAUCUUCCUCCUGAGUGCUUCCGUCCGAACCGUAGCGACUGCGAAGCGACGGCUGAGAAGGCUGAUAUGUGGAUGGUGGGCAUCGUGUACUGCAUGAUGGUCACUGGAAAGCACCCAAUCUGCCCGGACAAAUCGAUGCACGCUGAAGUAAAAGCGAUGAUGGCUCAGUACACGGGCGAACUUCGAUAUGCACGACCCAUUUCUGAUCUGUCUCGGUGGAUCUUACAAGGCUGCCUGCAUCCAGACCCGCGAUGUCGACCAACGGCCGCACAAUUGCUAGUGGCGCUCCAGAACGUGGUGCCUGUGCAGCAGUAAACCUACGCGCUGAGCAGCCACAUUACAGCGACUAGGCUGCUGUACAUACCACGACAAGCAGCUUGUCGUAUUUUGAGCGUGUACACUAGACGCACGGGUAAAAUAACUGCCACCUCGUGGCGUGGGAUACCGCGACGACAGCCUGCCAUCGUACCAUACGAAACACCGAUCAAUUAUUUAGCCCAAGUAUGAGCUACAACUAAUGCGAAGAAGCUCCUACUUUUCAUUCAAUGUUCUUUGCAUGGGUUUUUCGAGCGUGUUUCAUCCAGUUCAAGCCGCAAAAGUGUCGAAAACGAGCAAAUUUGUUGGGUUCUUGGAUGUGGAAACUGCGUCGAUUGCCGACGAUAUCAUCGAAUGCAAUUCCAACCGAGAACAAAAACAACCCCAUGCCACGCACAACUGACUGGCCGAUAGUGUCGUGAUACAAGUCGUCACCAACAAUUGGAUGUCCGUGUCGUGCUGUAUGGAUACGAAGUUGGUGCUUGCGACCUGUAAGUGGCCACAGAUCGACAGUGGAGAUCCAUUCGUACCGAGCACUAAAACACGCAAUAUCACAGUUUAGUUUUCCAUAUUGAUGCGUAAUCAUGUCGAAUAGAAUUUACCUGCGCGUUGUGCUCACAA